GUAAACUGCCUUCAACCACAGUAUGUAGGUCAUUGAUAUAUCGGAACAGCUCAGGUUUCUCUUCCAUUCUUAAAUACACUACCAGACCUCAAUUGAUCCUCACCUGCACAAACUGGGUCAGUCCUACCAAACCGUUGCCCGAAAACAACCACAACAAAGCCACUACUUACACACGAAAGAAUCCGCGUCUCAUCUCGCUCCCUCCCCAGAAAAGCAACAAACAGAAAAUCAACCACCAUGUCUGCUCGCGCCCUUCUCAGCACAUCCAAUAAGCCGUUCCGCCCCUCCACCAUUUUCUCCCUGACAAGCAGUACCGCGCGCCGGAGCCUCAGCCAGACGCCGCGCGCAUUCCUCAAGGAGUCCGCCUCUACAGACCUCGAUCCCGACAGCUUGGAGCGCCACAAGCAGGACUCGCUCGAGAAGCAGAAGAGGGGCCAGGGCCACUGGAAGCCCGAGCUGGCUUCGGUCAGCGAGGAGAUCGUCAAGGCGGACCGCUUGGGUCCCAGGGAGUCGGGCGCCGCGGCCAUGAAGCGGCUGCAGGAGCAGACCAAGGACCGCGCCGAGGAGACGAGCAAGAACCGGACCAGCAUGAGCGAUGGUUUGUGAUUUUCUCGCCCUAUCUUCUAUAUUCUCUCUCUUCUCUUUGAUCUUUUUUUCUUCUCUCUCUGUCCCUCUUUGUCUCUCCCCUUCCUUCCAUCCUCCCUGCCUGUGGACGAGUUUGUUCUCAGUGGGAUGACGUUCGCAUUGUCAAUUAGAUGGUCGUUUUUUUUUUUUUUUUUUUU